UGUUUCUCGCGUCUCAACCGUUCUCUCUCAGUUUUUAUAUUUUUUCAGUGUUAAAUAUUUUUAUAAGUGAUGGCUGGAUCAAUCGCUGACAACUGUGCCUUGUAUAAAAAGAAGACCUUUACUUAUGUGCCACCGACACCACCAGCUGAACUCAUCGAAUCUACUAGCUACACACUAGACUUUGCAUCCCGUAAGUUUGUACAUAUUGGUUUUGACCCGAGUGAAAAAUUACAAGUCGUUGUUCAUUUAUUAACUUCAUCGCGGUACGUGCAUAUUACUACAGAUUUUAUGAAAAAAAUAUUCGGGUUCAUGGGGCAUAUCUUGUCGUUCAUAUCAGACACACCACAAAAAUAUAAGCGAGUUAUAUUUUAUGAAGACGAAAAAAUGAAACUAUCGAGUAUGAUGUACAGCGGAGAAAAUGUGUUGGUGAUCGAAACAAAAAAUCGUGAUGGAUGUAGAGUACUGUUGAAUCGGGGCAACCUUCUUCGACUUCAAUAUCUCGAAUGUUCUAUUUUCGAGAGCAUCGUGCGAAAAGAAGUAUUCACCGCUCUAUUGAUUAUAAAACAAUAUGAAGAAAUUGUCGAGUACCUCGACAAGAAAUGUAGGCAGCAUAAAUCACCACCGAAAACUGUUGACGAGAUGGUAGUUUUCAUUAAGAACAUACAAGACGAUCGAGUCGUUAAAUCUAUACCAAAUUUCUCCAAUCAAAUACAGAUGUGUGCAGCUGAACAGUUAGCUGAAUCAUUGUUACACCAUAGGGCAAACAUCUCGCAUGAGAUAACAAUGACCUUGUGGCGGAUAUUUAAAUCCGCCGCCGCCGCCGCCACCGCCGCCGUAUGUUACGUCAACACAACUUGCGAAUAUACCAGUUGUGCCGGUGUGUCGGUGCAUGACACACAGAUACACGCGACGUCGCAUUAA